AUGGCUGAAUCUAACACAACAACCCUCGCUGUUAGAUAUCGAUACGUUUUAAAACGUAAUAGCGUCGGAAUGAAGGUGUUACAGUUUUUACCACACAAUGUUCGCGAGGUGAAACACGACCUAGUGGAAUUUAAAGACGACUUGGAGUAUCUCAGAAGUCUGGAUCCCAAGGAUUGGAAACACCAGGACCACUACCGCGUCCUGGGAAUCCCGACUUUGAGAUUCAACGCCUCCGAGGAAACCAUCCGCUCUGCUUAUCGGCAAAAAGUCCUGCAUCACCACCCGGAUAAACGCAAGGCCAAAGGCGCGGAAGUCAAAGCGAACGACGACUACUUCACGUGCAUUACGAUGGCGUACGAAACCCUCGGCGAUCCCAAGAAGCGGAAAUCGUACGACUCCGUCGAUCCAGAGUUCGACGACGGUCUACCGAGCAGCCACGAAAUAAAAAAAGAUUUUUAUGGAACGGAGUUUUCGUACGAGGAUCUGGAAGAUAAAGACGCCUGUUCGGGUCGCGAGGGGAAGACACACGGACAAGCCGAAAGAGCCAGGAAGAAGAAGGAAGAAAUGGCGAGGUUGAGGACUUUGGUCGACUUAGCCUACAAGAACGACCCCAGGAUCAUCCAAUUCAAACAGGAGGAGAAGGAUCGUAAAAUAGAGGCUAAGAAAUCAAAAAAAGCUGCCCUCGAAAAACAGAUAGAGGACGAACAAAAAGCUGUCAAAGAAGCGAAAUUGGCCAUGGAAAAAGCGGCGGCUGAAGGAAAGGCCCGAAUUGGAGGCGAUCGAAAAAAACGAGAAAUGCAGAAAAAUGCGUUGAAGAAAGAGCGUAAGACACUCAGGGACAUCUGCAAAUCCAACAACUAUUUCGUCGAAAAUCCAGAGCAGACCUUGAAACACAUAACGGCCGUAGAAACGAUCUGCGAAAGGAUGAACAUCGAGGAAUUGAGAGAAAUAAACGAGCAAAUAUAA